GUCACCUGUCAUUUCUCAUAUUUUUGUCUGAUAAAUAAAUAGUCUUUUGCUGAUUUUAGUUUUUGAAUUUUAAAUAAAAGAAGCCAAAAUGAAGACUUAUCCCACACUUACUAAUUCUCGACCGGAAUUUAAAAAGUACCCACCCCAAUUAAAUGAGCACUUGGCUAAUUUGGGUGCUCCACAUCUUGAUUCCUUUAAUGAAAUGCUUCGUUUUGGUCUCAAAAAUAUAGUCAAACACAUGGUUCCUGUGAGCAUGCUAACAAAGUCCGGAGAGAAGCUCUCCAUUUGGUUGGAAGACUUAGUAAUUUCAAGACCGAGUGUUCCAAUGGACUUUAUCGAUGCAAGAGACCGCAACGUCUAUCCUUCGGAAUCACGUCAAAAUCACAUCUCAUACUCGGGUGUGUGCAGCGCUCGCAUUGGCUGGUCCAUAAAUGGGUUAGAAAACGCUCCCAUCGAUGUAGAUCUCGGGAAAGUCCCAAUAAUGAUCAAAUCAAAAGCUUGCAAUCUCGGAAACCUCAACCCCAAGGAAAUGGUUGCACGCGGAGAGCACGAUUCCGAGUGGGGUGGUUAUUUUAUUAUAAAAGGAAAUGAGAAAAUUAUUCGAAUGCUUAUGAUGGCUCGAAGAAAUUACCCAAUUGCUGUUAAGCGCUCUGUAUGGAAGGAUCGUGGCCAAGGUUUCUCGGACAUCGGCAUAAUCUUGCGAUCGGUGCGAUGUGAUGAAUUGGCCUACAAUAAUGUCCUGCACUUUCUCAACAACGGCACUGCCAAAUUGAUGUUUGCCCAAUUGAAAACAAUGUCAUAUGUCCCGAUUUGUUUGAUUCUGAAGGCUUUGGUGGACUACACCGACGAGGAGAUCUACAACCGUCUGGUUCGUGGCUACGAGGAUGACCAAUACUACAAAGCCAGUGUGCAAACAAUGCUGAGAGAGGUUCAUGCAGAAGGCAUUCAUUCGCAUAUCGAAUGCAAGGAUUAUCUUGGAGAGAUUUUCCGCAGCAAGUUCACAGAUCUUCCCGAAUGGACAACAGCCGCCGAAGUUACAGAAUUCAUUCUAAACGAACGUAUUCUAGUUCAUUUGGAUAGCUUUGAAGAAAAGUUCGAUAUGCUGGUGUUUAUGGUGCAAAAGCUCUUCGCUUGCGUCCAGGGAAAGUUUAAGAUCGAAAAUAUCGACUCGGUUAUGAUGCAGGAAGUCCUACUGUCCGGGCAUCUGUACCAAAAAUACCUAAUGGAUCGCAUUGAGAUAUGGAUGUACUAUGUUAAGAAGGCAGUCUUGAAGAAGGUCGAAAAUGGUGGUGUAUUAAUAACGCCACUACUUCUUCAGGGUUGCUUCCGCACGGCGGGCAACAUUGAGAGGCCAAUGGAAUCGUUUUUGGCCACUGGAAAUGCACCAUCGAAAAGUGGCAUGGGUUUGAUGCAGAAUACUGGUUUGGUGGUUAUGGCAGAAAACAUUAAUCGAAUGCGUUAUAUGUCACAUUUUCGAGCAGUACAUCGAGGUUCUUAUUUCACAACGAUGCGGACAACAGAGGCUCGUCAACUGCUGCCCGAUGCUUGGGGAUUUAUUUGCCCCGUUCACACACCCGAUGGAACUCCAUGUGGUUUACUCAAUCAUUUGACUGUUACAUGUAAGAUAUCAACCACUCCACCAGCCAGUCAAGUCAAGCUCAUACCCAAGACCUUGGUGGACGUUGGACUAAUUCCCCUACAAUCGCCUUGCUUUGACUCAUUCGCCAAGCUCUUGGUAGUCUUUCUCGAUGGUAAACUAAUUGGCCACAUACGUCAAGUUGAUGCUACAAAAAUCGUUGAUAAACUUCGCUGUUUGAAGAUUGACGGAACACUCCCCCAGAUGAUGGAAAUCGCUUAUAUUCCCCCCAAAAAGGCAGGCCAAUUUCCGGGACUGUUUUUAUUUUGCUCCCCAGCACGAAUGAUGCGACCCGUUAAGAAUCUAGCUUUGGGAAAAGUCGAAUAUAUUGGUUCGCUUGAACAAGUCUAUAUGGAAAUUGCUGUCGACGAAAAGGAAGCCUAUCCGGGAGUGACAACUCACAUUGAAUUGUCAAAAACUGAUUUUAUGAGUAACUUGGCUAACUUAAUUCCAAUGCCUGAUUUAAAUCAAUCACCUAGGAACAUGUAUCAAUGUCAGAUGGGUAAACAAACGAUGGGAACUCCAUGUCUGAACUGGCCCAAACAGGCUGCCAACAAAUUGUAUCGUCUGCAAACCCCAGCCACCCCACUCUUCCGUCCAGUUCAUCAUGAUAACAUUGGAUUGGAUGAUUUUGCGAUGGGAACGAAUGCUGUCGUGGCUGUGAUUUCGUAUACUGGCUAUGACAUGGAAGAUGCCAUGAUAAUCAAUAAAGCUGCUCAUGAGAGAGGCUUCGCUUAUGGAAGUAUUUACAAGUCAAAGUUUGUGGAACUGAAAGGAAGUUCCUACUUUGCUCGAGAUCCAAAUAAUCCGGAAUUGACGUAUUUGGAUAACGACGGAUUACCACAAACUGGAACCCAAAUAAAGUAUAAACAGCCAUUAUAUUGUUACUUUGACAACGAGGAAUUCAAGUAUAAAGUUACUUUGAGUGACGAAAAAGAAGAUUGCGUGAUCGACAGUAUACGUUAUUGUGGCAGUUUCAAGACCAAUCCGGAAAAAAUGAUAUGCUUAACAAUCCGAGUGGCACGUCCACCAAAUAUCGGUGACAAAUUCGCCUCACGUGCCGGCCAAAAGGGUAUUUGUUCCCAGAAAUACCCCGCCGAAGAUCUUCCCUUCUCCGAGACAGGUCUUAUCCCAGAUAUCGUCUUCAAUCCUCACGGUUUCCCAUCUCGUAUGACAAUCGCUAUGAUGGUCGAAACUAUGGCCGGAAAAAGUGCAGCUUUACAUGGACUCGUUCAUGAUGCGACACCGUUUAGAUUCUCCGAAAAGAAUACCGCUAUCGAUUACUUUGGAAAACUGCUGGAAAUGGGUGGUUAUAACUAUCAUGGCACAGAACGCCUGUACAGUGGAAUCGAUGGCCGAGAAAUGAAUGCGGAUAUUUUCUUUGGAGUUGUACAUUAUCAACGUUUGCGUCACAUGGUCUUCGAUAAGUGGCAAGUUCGUGCCACAGGACCUAUAGACGCAGUUACACAGCAACCGAUCAAGGGUCGUAAACGUGGUGGAGGUGUUCGUUUUGGUGAGAUGGAACGUGAUGCUUUGAUAUCGCAUGGUUGUGCCUUCCUGUUGCAAGAUCGUCUCUUUCAUAAUUCUGAUAAAUCAUAUGCCCUUGCAUGUGACAAAUGUGGAAGUAUAUUAGCUCCAACAAUUUUGGGUAGCAAGGAAUCGGAAAAAGGAUCAACAGAUGCCCCGAAAAUGUGCAGAAUUUGUGGUGAUAGUAAACACGUGGGAAAUAUUGAGCUUCCGUUUUCGUAUAGGUACCUUGUGAGUGAAUUGAGUUCGGUUAACAUAAAUGCAAGACUUAAAAUAGAUCAUAUUUAAGAACUUUUGUUACAAGUGGUCGAGGAGUGUGUUAAGAAUUAGAUGAAAAGAAAACUUUUAUAAAAUUAA